CAUUUACGCACCCACACACACAAACGCACAACGCACACAAACGUACCGGCGACGUCGAGGAGAAGCCCGUGCCGCUUUGUUUAUUGUAAUUUUUCCAUAGCAUUUCUCACUCAAGAUGUCUUACAAAGGCCCACCCAAAGUCCAGAAGGUGAUGGUACAACCCAUCAACCUUAUCUUCCGUUAUUUACAAAAUCGUUCAAGAGUUCAGGUGUGGCUUUAUGAAAACGUCAACCUACGCAUUGAAGGACACAUCGUGGGAUUUGAUGAAUAUAUGAAUCUGGUCCUAGACGAUGCUGAAGAGGUUUACAAGAAAUCUGGCAAGAGGAAGACAUUAGGGAGGAUUAUGAUGAAAGGUGAUAACAUCACCCUGAUCCAAAAUGUUAAUCCACAAGCUCCAACAACAGCACCGCCUGCUACUCCUAUUGUGUGAUUCGCAUCUGUUACCUUAUUCAUUUUAAGUUUAGCUCUAAGAACUUACAUAUUGAGCUUUCUUUUUCUCUCAAACAUGUUGACACUUGGUUUCCAAGAAGGGGGAUAAUAUUUGUUUGUUUAGAUUCUCUUAAGUGAAU